AUGGGGGAUUUAAAAAUAUCGAGUCUUAACCUCACUAAAAAGUACAGCAAUUCUUUUUAACUGUUUUUGAUGGUUCAUAGUCAUCGGGUCUUUAGAGGGUUUUUCAUAAUGCUGUUAUUGUUUCAUAUGAUUCUUUUGUUAGUUCCAUGGAUUGAAAUUAAAAUACCAGCAUGGCCUAUACUAAAAAUAUUUAUUACAAUAGGUACUUCUUUAUGGCCAUUUCCAACCUCCGGUAUGCUAUCAGAAGAAAAUCUAUACUUAAGACAGUUAUUAAUGAAAACAUUAGAGAUUUCAGUGAUAAUGUUAUAUGCAAUAGAUUUAUUGCCAAAAAUCUUUAUUUGGAGAUAAAAUGCAUUAUGGAAGUUUGUGAAUAUUGUAAUUUUAUCUCAAAUGAUGUUUUUGUUGCCAGUUUCAAUAAUUGCUUAUGAUAAAGUUGCAUUACCCAGUGAUACAAUGAAAUUACGUAUAUUUUCUAUUAGUUUCUGUUUUGUGAUUGUAUGUGAAAUUCUUAGCAUAAGAGAAUAAAAAUCAUUGAGAUUUUUACAAAUAACUUAAAGGUAAUAGGAAAAGCAAAGAUAAAUAAAAUAAAAAAUAUAGGAAUUUAGUUGGUGUGAAAUAGUAAAGCAUGAUUCCCCUGAUGACUGUUGGAUUGUAAUUAAAGAUAAAAUAUAUGAUGUUACAUAAUUUUUAUAAUAUCAUCCAGGGUAUUAAAUUUCAAAUUAACAUUAGUGGUAAUAUGAUACUUGAUGGAGCUGGAGGAGAUUGUACUGCACUUUGGUAUUCCUAUCAUCCUAGUAAAUUAAUAAAAUAAGAGCCUCCUUAAUAGUAUUUGAUAGGGAUAGUCAGAGAUUAUUAAUAAUAUUAUUCAUAUGAUGAUGAUUUCUAUUAAAAUAUAAAGGAGGAGGUAGAAGAUUUGAUUCCAAGAAAUAAUUGGCAGAACCAUUGGAUACUUUUUAUAAAAGGAUUCCUUUGUUUAAUAGGAUAUCUAGCAUGUUUAUAUUAUUACAUAAACUAUUGUACAUUAUUGUCUGCAAUUUUAUUAGGAUUUUUUGCUGCAUAAGUAUUUUAAUUAAUAGAUUUCUAGGCUGAUGUGAAUAUAAUGCAUGAUGGUAAUCAUUAUGCCUUCUCAUCAAAUAAAACAUUAUCUUUUUUAGCUGGUUAUGUUUUGGAUCUAACUUUCUCCACUAGUGUUGUAUAUAGAAGAUCUCAUAAUUUUGGACAUCAUAGUUGUGUUAAUCAUUUGGAAUUAGAUAGAGCUUUUGAUACUACCUUUCCUUACUUAAGAUUGCAUCCUCUUUAAUAAAGAUAUUGGUAUCAUAAAUAUUAACACAUGUACAUAUGGAUUAUUUAUACAUUUGUUAAUUUCACUGAUGUAUUUGGAACCUUUGAUGAAAUGUAAUGGUUUAGUAAUUUCCCUUGUAGAAGGGGAUAUGUGUCUAAACUUUAAGUCUUUUUAUAAAUUCUUGUCAAACUCUUGUGGAUCUUAAUUACUUUAGUUUAUCCUUCUAUCAAGUUCACUUAUAAAGUUGCAUUUGGAAUGUGGUUAGUUUAUAAUGCAGUUCACAGUUAUAAUUAUGCUUUAUACUUUUCUGUCAAUCAUUGGACUCUAGAAGCUGGUGUUGUUGAUAAUCAAAAUAUUAAUCAAACUAAUUGGGGUAAAUUGUAAAUCUAAAAUUCUUCUAAUUUUGCUCUUGAUUCUUUUAUUUGGACUCAUUUAUCUGGUGGACUUAAUUACUAAGUAUAGUCAUAUAAUAAUUAUUUAGAUUGAGCAUCAUCUAUUCCCUUAGUUUGCACAUACUCGACUCAAAGAAAUUAAGGAAACCAUCUAAAAGAAAGCUAAAUAAGCAAAAAUCAAGUAUAAAGUUUGAUUAAUUAAUUAGAUAUUUUGAAUUCCCAUCAUUUUUACAUGCCUUAAUUAGUCAUUAUCAAUUGUUAAAAAUUUUAGGAUCAUAAGAUAAAGUUUGA